UUUUUACUUAUCUGUCAACAUAAAUUUCAUAACAUUUUUCGACCGAAAACAUUUUUUCAUCUUUAAAAUUGUGAAUAGAAAACAUUUAAAAAUCUGAUAUACAAAUUUAUAAUAGUUCAAAUACAAACAUAACGUGAUGGCAACGUACCGUUUGGGCACGAUUGGACGCACAGCUGUGCGUUUUUCCUCUGGAAUCGGACUCAUUCGCACACAGCAACACAAUGUGGUUCGGCUGAUGGCCAACUCUGCCGCCAGACAACCAUCGGGUGGCGGCACACUCCGGUUAGCCCUCAAAGGGGUAGCCAUAGGCGGUCUGCUGGGAACCGGCUGGUCUGGCUACAAUUACUUUCGGGGUGAUCCAUCCGAUCACUUGAUUCACGAAAAAACUGAGCCCACCUAUCUGGACCGGCUUCCGGAUGUGAGGAUUACUAGGAAAGUUGUCAAUCCCAAAGACGAUUCUGGUUUAGAACUAGUGCUGUUCCAGUUUCAGACGUGUCCUUUUUGUUGUAAGGUGCGGUCGUUCCUGGACUACAGCGGAUUAUCCUAUUCGGUCGUUGAAGUUGAUGCUGUCUUACGACAGGAUAUCAAGUGGUCAGCAAUAAAGAAGGUUCCCAUCAUGUUGGCUAAAACCCGUUCUGGAAAAUACGUUCAGCUUCAGGACUCCAGCAUGAUUGUUUCAGUACUUUCCAGCUAUUUGAAGGACAAAAGUCAGGACGUUGGCGAUUUGGCCAAGUUUUAUCCGUCCAUUUCUUUCAUUAACGAUUCCGGAAGAAAAACAAGCGACAUAAUGAACAAAUACUUCCUGAUGUUGCAAGAUUCUAAGCAGCACAAAGCGAACGAUGAGCAAGACGAAGAACGAAAAUGGCGCUCUUGGGCAGACGAUCAUCUGGUGCAUCUGAUUUCGCCCAACGUUUACCGCACCAAGGAUGAAGCGUUCGAGACGUUCGAAUGGUUCUCGGACGUGGGCGAGUGGAACGUGCACUUUCCGAAAUGGGAACGGGACCUGAUGGUGUAUGUGGGUGCCAUUGCCAUGUGGGCCAUCAGCAAGCGACUGAAGAAGCGACAUCAACUUUCGGAUGACGUACGGUCACAUAUGUACGACGCGUGUGAUAAGUGGAUUGCAGCGAUUGAAAAGAAGAAAACACCGUUUCUGGGCGGGAAGAAACCAAAUUUGGCAGAUUUGGCAGUGUUCGGCGUUCUGAAUAGUAUGGAAGGAUGUCAGGCUUUUAAGGAUUGCUUAGAAAACACUAAAAUUGGCGGUUGGUUUUAUGCCGUGCGUAAAGAAGUUAUGAUCAACCGAGGUCACUUAGAAGCUUAAUGAGGAAUGGCUUAGAAUGUACUUAGUGCGAGUUAUUUUUUGACCACUGUUAAUAUAUCUAACUGUAAAUAAA